UUUUUACCUCUUUCGCUUUCCAUUUUUUUAUUUCUUAUGCUUUUAUUGUGGCAUUUAUAUAAUAAAAUUUAUAUAAAUAUUUGUUUUAACUGAAUUUGCAUUUUUUUAAGGAUAACUGAAUUAGCAUUUUGGAUGUUAAAAAAAAACAUGAGAUUUUUCCCAUAAGAAAGGACACAAUAAAAUUGAAAGAAGGAAAUAUUAUUUGAAGGGGGCAAGGCAAAUAGAAGAGAACAAAGAGGAUGAAAUUAACCUCCUCUAUUCUUAUUCUUAUUGUGCCUCCUUUCAGAUCUUAGUUUUUUUUUUCUUUGCAAGAUUUGGCACUUGGGUUUGCUUGGAUUGGUGAAGUUAAAAAUUCUGGGUUGGUCGGUUUAUUGAACGCCGAAGGAUCUGUUUGGUUUUAGUUUUGAAUCAGAGAGAAAAUUUGCGUUGUGGAUCGGAUUGCGAUUUUGUUGUUAAAUUAAAGAGAAAGAUGUCUGAGAAUGGUAAGCUAUUUAUUGGUGGAAUAUCUUGGGACACCAAUGAAGAGCGUCUCAAGGAGUAUUUCAGUAGUUUUGGUGAAGUUGUAGAAGCAGUGAUCAUGAAGGAUCGAACCACAGGGCGUGCUCGAGGUUUCGGUUUCAUUGUUUUCUCUGACCCAGCUGUUGCUGAGAAAGUCAUCAAGGAGAAACACAACAUUGAUGGCAGGAUGGUUGAGGCAAAAAAGGCUGUUCCUAGGGAUGACCAGAACAUAAUGAGUAGAAGCACUAGUAGCAUCCACAGUUCACCUGGUCCUGGACGCACAAGAAAGAUUUUUGUUGGAGGUUUAGCAUCUACAGUCACAGAGAGUGACUUUAAGAAGUAUUUUGAUCAGUUUGGGAAAAUCACAGAUGUUGUAGUGAUGUAUGAUCACAACACUCAAAGGCCUAGGGGUUUUGGAUUCAUCACUUACGAUUCAGAAGAGGCAGUCGACAAAGUGUUGCUAAAAAAUUUCCAUGAACUGAAUGGUAAAAUGGUCGAGGUUAAACGAGCAGUUCCCAAAGAGUUGUCGCCUGGCCCUACUCGUAGCCCCCUUGGUGUAUAUAACUAUGGUCUGAAUAGGAGCAACAGCUUUCUUAAUGGCUACACUCAGGGAUAUACCCCUAGCAACCUUGGAGGAUAUGGACUUAGGAUGGAUGGUAGAUUCAGUCCAGUUGCAGCAGGUCGAACUGGGUUUCCUCCUUUUGGUUCUGGUUAUGGAAUGGGAAUGAACUUUGAGCCAGGAUUGAACCCAGGUUUUGGAAACAGUACAAAUUUUAAUAACUAUGGACGGGGAUUGAGCCCUUACUAUAUUGGAAAUACAAAUAGGUUUGGUAGUCCGAUUGGGUAUGAUGGAAGUAAUGGAGGUGGAGGUAAUACUUCCUUUUUCAGCUCGGUGACCCGGAAUCUUUGGGGAAAUGGAGGGCUUAAUUAUAAUGCAAAUGCUGCUAGUUCCAGUGCCUAUGCAGGCUCUGGAAGUGGGAGUAUAGGAACAAGUGCUUUUGGAAAUAGUGGAAUUAACUGGAGUUCUUCUCAGAUUUCCAGUCAAGGUGGAAGGAAUAAUGUUUCUGGCAAUAAUGUUAAUUUCAGUUAUGGAAGUGGUGAUAACAGCUUUGGGUUGGGGACAGCAGGGCAUGAGAGAAACACUGGGACCAAUGUAGUGCUGACAUCAUCAUAUGCAGCAUCAAAUGGCAGUUAUGAUGGAGCCUUUGCAGACUUUUAUGGUGGUGCUUCAUUUUACAGGGAUACCACUUGGCCAUCAUCAACAUCUGAGCAUGAUGGUUCUGGUUCCUUUGGCUAUGGACUUGGUAGUGCCACUUCUGAUGUUCCUGGUAAAAGUUCUCCUGGUUAUGUCGGCAGUUAUAGUGUUAAUAAGGGACAAUCAAAUAGAGGUAAGAAUUCGUACUUGGCAUUUUCAUAGUGUUAUUUAUGUUAAUGGGAGUUUAGUGGCACAAACUCUGAUAGGUUAUUUCUUUGGACUAAGUCUUAUGUAGCAUUCCUCUUAGUAAUAUAAUCUUUCUUUUGUUAAUAGCU